AUGAUGUCUUUCGAAAUAUCCCUUCUGCAGUUUGUUGCUUUUUUGGAUUUACUUGCUGUUGGAUUGAUAGUACCAUUAAUUCCUAACCAUGUUAAGCAAAUGGGUGGUAGCCAAUUAUAUAUUGGCCUUCUUGGAUCCAUUUAUGCUAGUUUCCAACUGGGAUCAGGCCCACUUAUUGGAAGUUUAAGUGAUAUAAGAGGACGGAAACCAAUAUUAUUCCUAACACUACUAGUAUGUAGUGUUUCUUAUAUGACUUUGGGUUUAACAUCGUCUAUUGCAAUUAUAUUUGUAUUGCGGGCUGUUUUAGGCCUGUUUAAACAAACACAAUUAUUAACUAAGGCAUUGGUACCUGAUUAUGAGAAAGUGGAAAGCAAACAGUCCCAAAUAUAUGGUAAAAUGGCAGCAAUAUCAGGAGUUGGAAUAACAUUGGGACCAAUUUUUGGUGGUCACAUUGUUGAAGACUUUCCUCAUUAUGGAUUCACUAUUAUCGGUGCAAUUGUUAGCACCUUCUUUUUAAUAAAUACAGGAUUGAUAUACAUGCUGCCGAAAACUGAUAGUACAAUUAAAACUAAAGCUCAAACAAAAAAUGCAUCACAGAAUUUCCUCCAAUCAUUACUUUCUUGCAGUAAACAGACUUUUCUUGAGUUAUCCAAAGUGGAAUGGCCAAAAUAUUGGAAAAUUUUUAUGUUUCAAGCCUUAAACAGUUUUGCCAUGGGUGUUUAUUACUCUAGUUAUGCAUUAUAUCUAAAAACACAGUUUGGUUUAACUCCAAAGAAUAUUGGAUAUGUGGUGUCAAUACAAGGAGUUAUUGGUGCAAUAUCCUCCUUUCUGAUGGGUCGCAUAAAUAGUUUAUAUGUUCACGACAAGGACUAUAGUAUACGUAAUAAUCAUGUAUUUUUAUUAUUAAGCAUGUCCUUAUUAGGGAUAUGUUUGGCAUUCAAUAUUUAUAUGUAUUCAAUGUUAUUAAUUCCAUUAGCUGUAGGUAAUGCGGUGGGAAGACUAGUAACUCUAGAAAUGGUGCUAAAAAGAAGUAAAGGGGAUCAUAGGGGAACUUUGAUAGGAGCUUCCAAUAGUGUAAGAUCAUUAACUGGUGUUGUGGCACCAAUGGUGGCUGGUUUUAUUGGAGAAUUCUUUGGUAUUUCAUAUGUAUUAUAUGCAUCAUUCUUUUCAACAUUUGUUGGACUCAUAUUCAGUUAUCAGUUUAGAAGUAAACAGAGUAAAGUGGAUUAG